ACCACCACCUCAAGCGAAGAGACCAGUCUAUCACCACCACCGUCAUCACCACCACCACCGCCGCCGCCACCACCACCACCACCACUCAGAAUAUUUCGGUGGGGUGGGUCAACACCACCACCACCACCACCAACAGCAACAACAACAGCAAAAACAACAAGAACAACAAGAACAACAAAUCACAACAACUAUAACAUACCACAUCAUAACCCAAACUCCUUACAGCUCCUCCUCCUCCUCCUCCUGCAACAACAACAACAACAACCACAACACCGACACCAUAAACAACCACCACCACCACCACCACCACCACCACCAUCAUGCAGUUCGAAGACAUCUUGCAAGAGGUCGGGUCCUUCGGCCUGUACCAGCGGCUCCUGUGCUUCCUGCUCAUCCCGCUCACCACAAGCUUCUGCGCCUUCACAUACUACUUCCAGCUCUUCGUCCUCACCGCACCCCCGCACACCUGCCGACAAGGGGACGCCGACGGGACCCUGACGACGCUGCUGCUGGAGGAACCAUAUAACUCCGAGGUCCGCGCGCCCUACACGUGCCACCAACACCCCGCCAACUUCAGCGCCCCCGCCAAUGUCUCGCUUGCCGCCCUCGCCGCGCCCACUCUGCCCUGCUCCGACGGCUGGGAUUAUGACUACGACGCCUUCUUCAGAUCCUACACUUCGGAGCGUGACUGGGUGUGUGACGAGGCUUGGAGAAACUACCUGGUGGUGACGCUCUUCUGGGUUGGCAACACUGUCGGCUCCUGGCUCUGGGGCGUCGUGUCGGAUAUGCGCGGGCGGAGGCUGGCCAUCGCGGGCAGCAUGCUGGUCUACGGGGUCGCCGGCGCUGCCUCGGUGCUGGCGCGGAGCUUCUGGUUGUUCGCGGCGCUGCGCUUCAUCGUCGGCACCUCGCACCACACCGUCACCCACGUCGCCUUCGUGCUGGUGGUGGAGUACUGUGGCAUGGAGGCGCGGGUGGUUCCCCUCUUCACCAUCAUGGCCACCUACACCCUCGCCUCCGUCGCCGCCCCCGCCCUGGCCUGGCUCAUCUGGGACUGGACCGCCCUCACCCUGCUCGCCUCCCUGCCCCCCAUCGCCCUCAUCCUCACCUACAGGUGGCUCCCGGAAUCCGCAUCUUGGCUCAUCACGCGAGGACGAGACAGGGACGCGAGGACACAGCUGGCGAGGGUUGCGAAGGUGAACGGGCGAGACCUGCCGGAGGAGAGGCUGGCGGCGCUGCUGGGGGAGGCUCAUGGGGAGGGGGAGGGGGAGGGGGGAAAGGGGAAGAGCAGUGGUUCCAUUCUGCAGGCUGUUCGCUACCCAAGAUUUCGGUGGAAUAUCCUGUUGGUACUUCUCGUGUGGAUGCUGGCGUGCAUGUGUUACUACGGCCACUGCCAGAACACGGCCAGGUUGGGGGGCGGCGGGGGCGGCGGGAGCGGGGUGCUGCUCAACUACCUGCUGGGGGCGCUGGUGGAGGUGCCGGCCUGGUGUGUGCCUUGGCUCAUCCACCGCCUGGGCCGCCGCUUGCCACUCGCCGCCUGUUUCCUCACCUCAGCGGCGGCGGGCUUCGCUUACUCCAUGGUGCCUGCAGAUAUGUCGUGGCUGGUGGUGGUGGUGGCGCUAUUGGGACGCGCGGCCAUCACCGGGGCCUACUACAUCACCCUGCAGUACUGCCCCGAGGUGUUCCCAACGGCGGUGCGGGGGCAGGGCGUGGCGCUCUCGGAAACCCUCGGGGGCGUGGCCAUCUUCCUCUCGCCCUUAGUGGUGUACCUGGGUGAGUUCGAAGCCACGUUGCCGCUGCUGGUGUUCGCGGUGCUCAGCGUGGUGGGGGGAGCCGCCACGCUGCUGCUGCCGGAGACCAAGGGCGUGGCGCUGCCGCAGACCCUGGCGCAGGCCGAGGCUUUCUCCAAACAGGCGGGCCCGGCGUGCUGCAGGUCCAAGAGGAAAGGCGACACGGACAAGGGGAAGGAAGAGGAAGGCGAAGACGAGCGUUUGUAAUGUAUCUAUCCUCUUGCUUCCCUCUUGGUGUCCUCUUUUCUCUCCUCUUUCCUCUCUUAUCAUACUUUCGUCUCUUUUCUUACUUGAUUUCUUCUCUCAUGUCCUCUCCCUUUUCCUUCUUGUCUCUUCUUCUUUUCCUCCCUCUUUAUUUCCUCUCCGCUUUCCUCUCUUAUCAUACUUUCGUCUUUCCUUAAUUGAUUUCUUCUCUCAUGUCCUCUCCCUUUUCUUUCUUGUUUCCUCUCCUUUUCCUCCCCUCUUUUUUUUAUCCCCUCUCCUCUUCUCAUCCUUUUUCCUUCAGCUCUGUUCUUUAAUACUCUCCUCAUUCUUCCUAAUCUCUUCUUUUACUACCCCUUCUCUUUUAUCAUCCCUCCCCUUCCCUUCUUUCUCCCUCCUACUCCAUCCUUCAAUCCUUUUCUCUUUCCUUUCUCCUGCUUUUCUUUCUCUUUAUUUUUUUCCCAUUCUACUGUCUUAUUUAAUCCUUUCCUUCCUCCUCCUACACCCUCUCU